AUGCAGACAGGCAGCAACAGCACCGCUGACGACAUCCGUCUUGCCGGCGGCGAAAUUCCCCAGUCCAAGAGCCCGUCCAACAUGGACACGGCCGACCUCGCCCAGGCGCUGCUGGACCACGCGGGGCCGAGCAGCCCAACGUCGCCGCACACUACGGCCGACGGCGAACGCGCAAAGAAGAGCAUGGACACGUGGACGCCCGUCAUGGACCGGCGGCAGUCGUGGUCGGCACAGGAGUGGAAGCACGAGCAACAGAAGCCCAUGUAUUCCCAGACGGCGCCUAUGCCGGCUCCGAACCACUCGUCAUCCACUGCCGGAUUCACCGAGAGCCGCUGA